AUGGAUAGAGAAGUUCACAACCAUGAGAGAGCUGAUGGAAACAAUGCCAUUCCUGAGAGGAGGGUUCUUGGUUCAUACAUAAACCCAACCUCUGGGAAUUGUGGUAGCAGCAUUCAAAAACCACCCAUUCAGGCCAACAAUUUCGAACUCAAACCACAGCUAAUAUCACUGGUGGAGGAUCAUUGUUCAUUUGGUGGGAGUGCUAAUGAAGACCCAAACCAACAUCUCACAAAAUUCCUGAGAAUUUACGACACUGUGAAGUCCAAUGGAGUCCAGGAAGAUGCCUACAAACUGCUCUUGUUCCCAUUUUCACUUAGGGACAAGGCAGCUAAGUGGCUAGAAUCAUUCCCAAGGGAUAGCCUAACAACCUGGGAUGAAGUGGAAAGCAAGAAAAAGACUGUGGAAGAAGCCAUUGAAGUGAUUGAGACAGUGGCUGAGAAUGAGUACUACUAUGCUUCAGAGAGACACAACACUAAGGGAGUCAUGGAGCUGAACCAUGUUGAUACAAUUCUAGCCCAAAACAAGGUGUUUGCCAAGCAACUAGCAGAGCUCACCAGGAAAUUAGGAACAAGUCAAGUGGCUGCAAUACACACACAAGAUCAAGAGGAGGACAUAAGUGAGUUGAAAAGCUUUAGGGAUGAUGUGAGAUCGACCUUAAGGAACCAUGGUGAAAAACUCAAGUGGAUGGAGUCUCGAGUAGGAGAGCUAUCUCAACAGGCCCCCAAGUCAACUGCAGUGUUCCCUAGUGACACAGAAAAGAAUCCUAAAGGGGAACAAAAGGGAGAGAGAUGGGAAGAAUGCAAAGCCAUCACCAUAUUGAAGGAAGUCUUAGAAGAAGAAGGAAUCAGACCCUCAGAACAGGAGCCAGAAAUCUUGAAGGAAGGUGUGGAAGAAGCUAAGCAGGAAAGUGAACUUGAGCAAGCCAAGGAACUGCACAAUGAAGGCAUGCUGGAAACUUACCAACCAAGAGCACCAUUUCCUCAGAGGUUAGGAGGAGGUGAAAAAGGGAAAACAUAUUCAAGGUUUUUAGAGACAUUUAAGUCUCUCCAUAUCAAUAUUCCCUUUCUUGAGAUUCUCCAGCAGAUGCCUACACAUAUCAAGUAUUUGAAGGAAUUGCUGAGCAAGAAAAGAGUUUUGAAGGGAGGACAAACUGUAAUAAUGAACAAAGAAUGCAGUGCCCUCAUCAAGAAGGACAUAGUCUCUAAGAAAACAGACCCAGGAAGUUUUCAUAUCCCCUGCAUCAUAGGGGAAACAAAAAUUGACAGAGGAUUCUGUGAUCUGGGAGCUAGCAUAAAUGUGAUGCCUCUGACUCUUAUGAAGAGGCUACAACUGAAUGGGGUGAGAUCCACUGAUGUAAUCAUACAACUGGCUGACAAAACUCAGAAGCAAGCUGAAUGGGUAGUUGAGAAUGUGCUGGUGAAAGUGGGAAAUUAUUUCUUCCCCACAGACUUUGUCAUUUUGGACAUGGAGGAAAGCUACCUACACCCUAUCAUUCUGGGAAGGCCAUUUCUAGCCACUGCUAGAGCGCUCAUAGAUGUAGAACAAGGAGAGCUAAUCUUGAGAGUACAUGAUGAACAGCUCAUUUUCCAUGUUUUCAAACCUGCAUCUGAGCCUGAACCAGAACUUGAAAAGCCUAAGGAUGAUAGCAGCCAUCUGUGUUUGGAGGAAAGCAAUCCAGCAGCUGAAACUCUGAAACAGUCCUUGGAAGGCAAACAAGAAUUGCAAGAGUUAAAGCCACAAGAAUCAAUAGAAACAGAUCAGAAGGAUCCUCCUGGCAUAAGGGUCAAUGAAGAAAUCCUCAAGAGAGAGGGAAGAAUUGUAAAGAAAUUGCCAAGAGGGUGGAAAAGAGAGAAGGAAGAAUUGUAA